UUUAAGUUAGGGUUAGGGUUGUUAAAUUAUUUUGCCGAAUGGGCCAAGAAGAAGAAGAACGGGUCGACGACGAGUACGAGGGGGAGGAGAAGCCGUAUUAUCAGUUGGAUGAUGGAAAAUUCGAGGUCACCUAUGAGCAUAUCACGGAGUCUAAGGGCAUCCGUAUGCUUUUCCAGUAUGGAUGGGCUGGUGAGUUACCUGGCGCUAUCGAAGGCGUACGUGGCCCCAUCGUUCGAAAGGCUUUUGAUUUCUGCAAGGCACGUGGGGAGGUCAAGAAGCAGCAUUGGAAAGAUGGUGAAAUCAUCCUCCAACAAAAAUUGAAGCUUUUCGAUGACAAGUUUUUCCAAGAAAAUCAUUCCGAUGCUAUUGAUCUCUCCGAUGUGGCUUGCCGUUUGAAGAUCAGAAGCCUCUUUUACCUGAUGAAGGAACGUGCUGCUGAAAUGCUCGCUGAGAAGACUCCCGAUGACAUUCGCAAGCACUUCAGAGUACGUUAUGUGGCAGAUGAAAUUACUGAUCGUGAGGUACGUAGGAUGAAAAGGGUGGUCAGUAUCGCUCCUUGGGCUUUUCGCUCUUGUUCAAGUCGCACUAGCUUAAAUCCUGUGGUUUCAGAUGCGUAAUAGCAUUUUAUAUAUAUGUAUCGUAGAUUAAUCUACAAAUUGAAUAAAUAGGCUUGUUGUGUAGCUGUUGCUGUUGUCCUGGUUGGGAUGAUGGUAAAGAUUAGUAAUUACAAACAAACCCCCCUUUUCAAUUCA